AUGGUAUUCACCUUUGUUUCAGCAUUAUUGUACUUAUGUUGUUUAGCUGGUCAAGGAGCAGAUGUUAAGUUAAAUUACAGUUUCCCAGAAUUCAGUUACAAUUCCAAUAAAAAGUUAAAUGAUAUUACAUUCUUUCCUGUCACAAGUCUUGUGGAUAAUGUCAUUGAAGGGAAUGAGUUGAUACAGGUUGUACUUCUUCCAGGACCAAAUUUUGCUAACAUUCAAAUUAUACCAGCACUACAGAUAGCUACUAUAACAAUAUUUGAUAAAACAAAUAGCCCCACUAGCCUGUCAAUAGAAAGAAGAUCAUACAAUGUGAUAGAGGGUGAAGGGAGUUUAGAAAUAUGUGUUGUACUAACUGGAGAUAUCUCAUCAAGCUCAGUGAAUAUCAGUAUUCUUGAUUCACAAGGAACUGCAAAGCGAAACUCUGACUACACCUUUAGUAGUAAUACUUUAACUCUGCCUGCUUUUAAGAACAAGACCUGUACAAGUCUUCAUAUUAUUAAUGAUAACUUACUGGAACCAUUGUAUGAGAGUUUUACAUUAUCAAUUUCUAGAAUAACACCUGAGAAUAGCAACUUCAUUUUAGAGAGUACCCCAUCAACAAUUCAAAUACAAGAUAAUGAAAUGCCACUACAAUUAACUGAGGAUGUAACUGUACACUGCUACAGAUCUGCUGCUGAUUGUACUAGUAAUACUAAUGGAGUCAGUCUUGCAGCUAUUGACUGCUGUAAUAGAACUGGUGGAGGAUAUAUAUCUCAUUCUUCAGCUACACGUCAAUGUGGUGCAUGUGUUGUUGUUGGUUUUGAUCAAUCACGUGUGCAUAUUGGUCCAAGUGAUGCUGGUAGAAGAUACUCAUUUACUGCUGAUGUACUCCUCAGUACUCCUGGGGCUCCAUCAGUUGGUAGUCUUACUUGGAAUAUUUCACGACAGCCAGAAUCACUAGUUGAUAUUGCUGACUAUUUAGUAACACCAGAGUUUAGAGGACAAACUUCUGUUAGCCUGCCUUAUCGUUUUAGUCUACAAUACAUUUCACAAGGAAAUACAAUUGCUCUCGAACCAACUCUUUCAUUUGAUUACUCAAUAGUAAUAAACAACAUUGACUCAAUUCCAUCAAGUGUUGUACUUGUACACAAAAAUCUUAGCAUUAAAAUUGAUGAUAUAGACAUGCUUACUGUUGGUCUUGAACCUCCAUCAGUAUUUUUAGAAGGUAGUAAUGCUGUAGCUGUCAUUAGACGUCAAGUAAUUACAUAUAAAACUCCUUUUGAAGUUACUGUCUCACUUGAGAGGUAUACUGGCUCAUUGGCUCCUGAUGAAGAUGCGGUGGGAGACUUUGAUGGUUUUAACUUUACUAAACAGCAUAGUGUGGUAUUUCAACCAGCAAAAGCAAAUGACGAACUCUUCAAGAGAGUAACUUUCUUGAUGCCAACUGAUGGUAUUGUAGAACUACAAGAAAUGUUUCAAUUGAGACUUAGUGUUAAUGAUUCUAGAGUUAGGGUAAAUAGCUAUACUGAGACUCAAGUAGUAAGACUUGACAAUCGAGAUGUUUUUAGUAUUGGUUUCAAAGAUUUACAUGUUACUAUUAGAGAAGGAGAAGUGGCAACAUUAACUAUAAAACAGAUAGGAGAUGAGACUGGUGGUGUAGGCAUAGGAGGAUUUCCACAGAACCGUCUACAACCAGUUCGAUGGAGACACAUAUCUGGGACUGCUAUAAGUGGUAGUGAUUUCCUCCUUAAUCCUACUGUUUCAAGAUUCACUUUAAGAGCCAAUAAUACACUGAAUGAUAUUCCAUUCCAGCCUAUCACUAGUAUUGAUGAUAAUAUCAUUGAGGGAGAUGAAACAAUAAGAAUCAUCAUAAGACCUUACACGUAUGGUCAUAUUCAAGUAGUGAAGGAAUGGCAGACAGCUACAAUUACUAUUGUUGAUGAUGACUAAAUUUAAUUAUUAUAAAUGAAGGAAUUCAAUACAUAAAAUAAGAGUCUAUA